AUGCCACACUGCCACCGUGCGACCGUGCCACCCUGCCACCGUGCCACCGUGUCACCGUGUCACAUUGCCACCCUGCCACCCUGCCAUCGUGCCAUCGUGCCACCGUGCCACCGUGCCAUCAUGCAACCGUGCCACCGUGCCACCGUGCCACCCUGCCACCCUGCUAUCAUGCCACCCUGCUAUCAUGCCACCCUGCCACCCUGCGACUGUGUCACCCUGCCACCCUGCGACUGUGUCACCCUGCGACUGUGCCACCCUGCCACCCUGCGACCGUGCCACUGUGUCACCGUGCCACCCUGCCACCCUGCCAUCGUGCCACCGUGCCACCCUGCCACCCUGCCACCCUGCCACACUGCCACCGUGCCACCCUGCCACCCUGCCACCCUGCCACCGUGUCACCGUGCCACCAUGCCACCCUGCCACCCUGCCUAUUACUUCACCACACUUCACCCCUGA